CAGGGCUGCAGGAUAGGGGAGAAUUGGUGGCCCAUCCAGGUCCCCCCAUUCCCAUCCAAGGCAUCACCUCAUUCCGCUGCCCCUGCUGCCCGGCUCUGGCAGGAGCUGUGCAAACUCGGGCUCUUCUCGGAUGAGGACCAGGCCAUGCUGGAGGCCCAAAUCCUGGCACAGGAGGGGGCCAGAGCCAGCUACCACCAGUGCCCGCGCAGCCAGCACCUUGUCCAGUGUCUGGACCCCAGUACCUUGCACACCCCCUGCCUGUCCUGCUCCCAGCGGGCCGAGGAGCUGUAUUGCUUCUGUUGGGGCUGCUGCAUGGACUGGAAGGACCCCUUGCCUCAGGGAAAAUCCUGCUCCAAUCCCCAGUGCCCCCUACAGGCUGCACUUUACGAUACCCUGGAGAUCCAGGCCCCGGGAUCAUCUGUCCAUGGCUGUCCCUCACUGCGGGCCUGUCCUGAGUGCCACACCCUGGUGAGCCACACUGGGCUAGGCUGCCCCCUGGUGGAGUGCCCGGAGUGCUGGACAGAGUUCUGCUACCGCUGCCUGAGGGACCAUCUCGGGGGGGAUGCCAACGAGACAGAGUGGGAGCAUGAUGAAGAUGAAGGCCUGGAUUACAAUAAUUACUUGGAGGCCAGCUGCAGUGUCGCCAGGAGGCAGGAGCUGAACAGGUCCUCCUAACCCAAGGGAGACUCCAGACUCAACCCGUGCUGUGACCCCUAAGAACUCCCCUCCUGACUCCCCAAAGCCAGGUCCCACCCCAUCACACUCAGCCCUGCUCCCAGAUUUGGGGACCCCCAGGGGCCCGACCCCCACUCCUUGCUCACAGGAUGCCAGGGGCAGUGCACUGGCUCCUGGGCAUCGAGGUGCAGGGAGGAGUAAUGCCUCUGCCAGAGAUAGGGGUGCAGGUACCUGUGACAAAAUGGGGAAUUUCCCUCAUUAUGUUGUGAGUCUUAUGUGAGUUUUACUGUUUUGCAUGAAUACUCUGUGUGCCUCAGUUUCUCUGUGUGCUGCACUGAUACCUUGGUGGUGGGAACAGAGGUGUGUGACUUUGGCUGAGACCUCUAGGGCAGGUGAAGCUGCUCCAGCCUGCAUAUAUGCUAUGACCCAUGCCCUUCGUAACCUGAGACCCAGGAGGGGAGUGCAACCAGGUGAUGAGCAAGUGACUGCCCCGGAAGCGAGACAAAGAAGAGGAGGAGAAGCAAGCUGGGUAGUCUGCUUGGGGGGCUGGAAGAGGGGGAGUCCAGGCCAUCUGGCCCAGGACUCCCCAAGAUGGACUUUGCUGAAAGUCACUGAUUUCUGUGCUAACAAGUUGUGUUCUAUCCACUGCAUUCCUGUCAACUAAUAAACCUUCUGUUUCACCGG